GUCCUUCGCUGCCCUUCAUUCCGUCGAUCUGUCGUUGCUGGCCCGUGCCCACACCGACGCUCGCACCUCUCGAGAACCCAGCCAGCCGACCGAGUGAAUACAUCGUAUCGACAGCGACCCACCCGCAGCCCACAGCCCUGUGAACACAUCCCAUGUCCCACUACGAGUCCAGUGUCCCCAAGGCCAUCUCGGCGAACCCAAAGUAUCUCAAGUACCGCAGGCGGCUGCUGCACCCCAGAAAGAACACCGUUACCCCGGGUGUUCAGCUCUUCAUGCGCGGCUCCUAUGCGGUCAUGGCCGUCCUCGGCGUCUACAGUGUUCUCUGGAUGGACUGGGGAGAUGGCGAUCACUGCUUCCGUCCGAUCCGACGGUAUUUCGAGCAGAAGAAGCAAGAGUUUUUCUCGCUAUCACCAGACGACCAGGAAGAGCUGCGACAACAAGCCACAGCUCUCCACAGUCAAGGCAAGGCCUGAGCGGCGACUUUUCAGUCGGCCAAGUAUCCUCUGACUUCCCUCCAGCACCCUCACUACACCGGCCCUGCAGCGCCUGCGUCAUCAUCGAGCAGCACAUUUCCUCGGCUCAAUACAUCCAAUUGCACUCGUCAC